GCUCGCAAGAUGCAUGCGGCGCCGCCCGCUCGAUUAUGGCCCUGAAGCGCAGAGAUGUAGUCCUCGCCGCCGUCGCCGUCUUCAUCGCCUGGGGCUACCUGACCCACUACAGCCCCUCCCUCCGCUUCCUGCCCUACGCCUUCGUCGCGGGCGUCGUCGCGACCGUCGCUCUGCAGGCAUGGCUGAUCCUCACCACCGCGUGGGCUAAAGACCUACGAACCGGAGGAAACGCACACUAUGGACCGCGCCAUGUCGCCUUCCUGGCGCCGGACAAGUGGAGGGCAGAGAAAGCAGCCCUCACCAAGCGCUCCGCGUACAUGAUGGAGCCGGUGUACCCCGCCUCGUUUGUCGUGUCUGACAGCAUAGACGUGCUCCUCGGGCUGAUCCUACGCGACUUCGUCAAGAGCUGGUACGGCAACAUCAGCAAAAGUCCGACGUUUGUGAACGAGGUGGAUCGCGCGGUGCGGGCAGCCCUGGGCGAGAUACGCGACCGGCUGCUGGCGGUGGACAUGGUAGAGACUGUCGUGUCGCGAAUGAUCCCUCUGAUCACGGACCAUCUGAGAGCUGCACACGAAGCCGAAAGAGUCGUUCGUGGCAAGAAGCUCUCCCGCAACGUGACCGAGUCGGAGGAACUCGACAUGGCCAUUGCAGCCAAGUACAAAGACGGUCGACUGCACCCUGCAGCGUCUCUGGCAUACUCAAACACAAAGCUCAACCAGCAACAGCACCUUCGGAGCAUUGUAGCUCGGCUGCUGCCAAGCAUAAUGCCAGAGAACAUGACUACGAGCCCCGCUGUGAACGUCUUGAUCAAGGAAAUCGUGGCCUGUGCGGUCCUCUCCCCUGUGAUGCAGAUGCUUGCUGAUCCAGACACGUGGAAUCAGCUGAUGGAAGGAUAUGGUCGAUCUCUACUCCAAGAGCGAAAGACUGUUCGGAAGUUGCGUGCUGAACUUGACAAACAUGCGCCACCUUCGCCGAAGACACCUAAGAAUGUACAAUUUCCGAAACUCGCACCCGGUGAUAAUGAGCGCAAGUUCGAGAGGUUCGUCCGAGCGAUCAGACAAACGAACACGCUUGCUGAAGCUCGUCGUUUCCGGAGCGAGAUCUCUGGACAAUUACGCAAAGACUCGAUGAUCGAAGGCCAGGACCCGCUACACCUGCGUCGACUAGAGACAGCACGGAGGAUUCUGGAUCAGAAGAUCAACAAUUUGAGUGCUGGCGGAUCGGUGCGCGACAAGAAAGCCGCAGCUCAAGAGAAGCCAAAGCACAAGAGGACAACGUCUCGAUUUGAGAAUGCUUCAUUACGCGAUGUACUGUAUGAUGCGGCGGGUCUAUCGUGCUUCAUGGAGUAUAUGGACCAAGUUGGCUUGAUGCGAUUGGUACAAUUCUGGAUAGUCGUCGACGGGAUUCGGAAUCCUCUUGAGCAAGAUACCGAUGAACCCGUAGAGCUGAGCGGCUCACUUUCCGCGUGGACGGAUUCGGAUAGAGCAGACAUGGCGCAGAUCAACGAAGGAUAUCUUUCGCAACCGGACCUUGAAAUUUCGCCCACGGCGCGUCAAGCUGUCACUGCCUUCCUUAAAUCAGGCCGAGCUGCAACACCUGAACAGUAUCACAAUGCCCGACGUUCGCUACUCCACGCCCAAACAGCUGCCUACGAUCGACUGCAAGAGCCUCAUUUCAGGCGCUUCAAAAGAUCGAAUCUCUACUACAAGUGGCUGGCCAUGGACGAGGCUGCUAAUUCCCAGAAAAGUGCAGUUAGUACGAAGAUGGUUGCACAGACCCUCGACAAUCCUUCAGCGGGUGCGUCUGCUCGAAUGGUCAGAUCGCAAUCUUCCCAACAAAACAACCUGAAUGUUCCCGACCUCCGACGGGCUGUUGCUUCGUCGUCUGACCUCAAAACUCUGGGCAAGGGUCGUGACCUCGAUCCACCGCCACGGCGGUCCUUGGACGGUGGCGCGCCUGCUCGAGCACCAUUGUUUGACGAUGACUAUGAUAGUGACCCAAUGGCCAACUCUAUAGCAAGCUUAGAUUCGGAUUUUGGCACCUCACGACAGCCAAGUGACAAUUCCAGAGCUGUGGAUGCGCUUCAAGCUGCAAUGACAGACAUAAUGGGCGAUGAGCCUGAAGGCUCGCUCUUUGCAGAGACCAACACACUCGCUUCUCCGCAGGAUAACGACUCGAUGAGGGCUUCUUUGGAGCUACCGCGCGCUCUCUCUCCUGGUCCUCUUGCCAUGCAGGGCAAAGAUAGGCUAAAGCCGAGCAUAGCAUCCUUGGGCCUCGUAGGCGAGCCGAGGACCCGCGGUGUCUUCAACGACGAUCUUUUCGGUGAUGAAGAGAAAUUCCUGGAAGAUGAGAUUGAGGAGCCGCAUCGCGCAAAUGAAGAGGAAGAAAUCCAUGAGGCAGCCCCUGGUGACCUGGGAUUAGCCGAAGCCAUCGAUGCGCUGACAGCAGACAUCGAGCGUUUGGUUACUCAAGAAUCUAUCGUCGACUCGUUGACCUCCAAAGCCGAGCUCACGAAUAAUGCUGCCGAGCUACGCAUUCUACGAAAAUCCAAGUCCAGUCUCCAGCGCGAGAUCCAUCGCAAAGAGUUACAACGGCAACAGUAUAUUGUCCAGGAGAGCGAUAACAGCUUGUAUGGUCGUGCGACUGUCUUCAUUCAGUCGAUCAUGGUUGGAACAGAGCCGGACGGGAAGGAGUUUGCAAUGUAUGUUAUUGAAGUGCGGCGGCGCGCUGGUGAUCAAAUGCCUGCAGCUGCAUGGGUAGUCUCUCGAAGAUACAGCGAGUUUCACGACCUCAACAAGCGCCUGAGGUCGAAGUUCCCCCAAGUGCGCAACCUGGAUUUUCCUCGGCGACAGAUGAUGUUGAAGUUGCAAAAGGACUUUCUACAGAAGCGACGAAUAGGCUUGGAGAAGUAUCUCCGGGACCUGCUCUUGAUACCAGCUGUGUGUCGGAGUCGAGAGUUCCGGGCCUUCCUCUCCCAAGCUGCCAUCUCCGCAACCGACCCCUCGGCAAACCAACAGGCCUCCAACGACUUCGUUUCUCGAAUCUACAGCUCUGUUGCGGAUGGGAUGGAAGAGUUCUUGGGCAACAUCCCUGUUUUAGACCAGCUCUCCGUGGCAGGUCAAAAUCUCAUCUCAGCAGCCACAACUCAGCUCUCCAGCAGCAACGGAACUCCCGCCACUCUCGCGCCUGGAGCCGUUCUUGGAGGUGAACCAAAUACGGAUGCAGAAGCCGAAGCUGAAUUGCUCGCAUUCGAGAACAAGGAGCUUGAGCCCUUUGUGAAGCCCAUCUGCGACAUCUUCCUCGAGACCUUCGAACUCAACCAACAGAACAACUGGCUUCGCGGUCGUGCCGUCGUAGUUGUUCUGCACCAGCUCCUAGGCGGUACAAUUGAACGCAAGAUCAGGGAUUCGUUCAACAGCGUCAUGUCAGAAGACAACAUCGCCAAGUACAUCGAUGCGCUUAAAGACAGCAUGUGGCCCAAUGGGAAAAUGAAGCAAAGCGUGGAACGUACACCGCAGGACCGAGCAAAGAGCAGGAAGGAGGCGGGCGUAGUUCUUUCGACACUGGUUCCGGAGUUGGCGGCCAGCGUGGUAGGGCGAUCGAACGCGCAGAUGGCGGCGACGAAGCUGGAGGCGACGGUGAAUAAUCCGCGGUUGAAUACGCAUCUUGCUUUCACGCUUUUGGAUGAGAUGAUUCAGGUCUUGUUUCCGGAUGUGGGAAUCAGGUAGGGUAGCAUUGGCCCGAGUUAGACACGUUUUCAAGUUAUACCCAUAUUGUAUAUGCUAAAGUUUGCUUUCACUCGUCAACGAGCGCC